AUGCUCGUUCUAUAUCUGAGAAAACGAAUCAAUGCCAAUUGUGGUAUUGAAAUUGUAGCGGUUGUUAACGAUAUUGAAACUUUGAAAAAAUUUAAUGCCGAUCUUUAUAUUGAUAAAGAUCUUUUUCUCGCACAUAUAGAAGCACUAUUCGCUUUACACAUCCAAAACACCAUUGCAAGUAUACAACAAGCACUGGAGCAUAGACAAAAUAAAAAUUUGCAUCAUUUUCAUGAGACUACAGAUGAUUCGGAUCUCGAAGUGAUUUAUCGAAAAUUUGAAAUCAAUCGACAUCAAGUACAUCUUUGGACGAAAGCCGAAUUGUCGAUCGACGAAAAAAGCGAAAAUUUCGUACUCAUUCAUAAGGACUUCAUAUUCUAUAUAACUUAA